AAGUAAUUGUAACCAAUGAAUGUCGUUAUACACCCACUUUUAAUUAUGGUGCGGUAGAUUUAGGACUACAAGAAAGUAAAAUACCUUCUGACUGAUUUCUGUAGCCAUUUUAAUUAGGGGAGAUGGCUGAUUUCGAUGACAUUGAACUAUCUGGUCUCACGGCCGCUCAGCUAGAGGAGCUGUCAGAGCUUAUAGACCCUGAUAACGAGAUGCUCCCAGCUGCGGACCGUAUGCCUGUCCACACUAAGAAGAAGGCCACAGGUCCAUUCGACAGAAGUCACCUUCUAGACCACCUCAAGACCCAGGCAACCAACUCUACUAUUGGGGAGGACUAUGUUCCCUUCACUAAGAAGCAGACACAGAGUAAGCCUGUGGAGAAGAGACCUGCUAAAGUGAAGAAGAAGACAGAAUUUGAUGACAUGCUGGAAGUGUUAGACCCUGAUGAUCUGGCCGAGCUGGCAGCCGAGCUUGGUAUCCACGGUCUGGUGGAUCAGGCCAUGAGCAGAGGAGACGAGCAGCCGAUAGCAGCUGUCCAGUGUGGUCUAAGCAAACCAGGCAGUGGCUACAGCUACCAAUCAUCUCCUCAGCAACACUUUGAGGAUCUCAGUGAAGAAGUGGAUGUAGAGGAUGCUAUUACACGAUUGACGAGGAACGACCGUGGACUUACUGAGCUCAACCUGAAUAACCACACCAAGCUGGACUCUGACCUCAUUGAGGAGCUCAUUGUAGCGCUCACAGAUAACAUUCAUUUGGAGAGACUGCAAAUGGCAAAUAUUCGAUUCUCCGAAGACCACGCAUUCACCCUAGCGGAGGUUCUGAAGGUCAACAGCACUCUGAUGAUACUUAAUCUGGAAUCAAAUAGAAUCACACGGAAAGGCAUCAAGGCCAUUUUCAAAGCUCUCUCUGAGAACACUGAGACGGGUCUGAAAGAAUUGAGACUAACCAAUCAGUAUUUUUCAGGGGGCGCAGGGGCAGAGGGAGAGAUUGCUCGCUACCUGGACAAGAACAGGGCACUCACUAAGCUCGGCUACAACUUCACAGUGGCCUCGUUUAGAACAAAGGUGGACGCCUUCAUCAUGAGGAACAUUGACUAUGCUCGGAAGAAGCGAGCCAGUGGCAAUUAACGUCUGAAAUCCCCUGAAGCUAUAAUUAUGUUCCCAAUCAUGCAUUACGAGAACCCUAGUUUUUAUCCACUUUAUUUACUCUAUUUAAAUCGAACUUCAUUUUGUAUUGUCUUCAUUUCGAACUGAAUACAUGUAGCUGCACUUUGUUUAAUUAGAUGCACGUCUCAAAAAAAGUUCAAUUAUUGAGAGAAAAA